CAUCGCUGUAGAUGCACGCAAUUAGCUAAAAGCACACGCGCGAACGAGAGUGCCACGCUUAUCUUCGUCAUUCAAAAGCAAAGAUUUCUUUCAUCUCACAGACAUAUUACAUUCUCCGAAGGUCAGGAAGAAAGCGGCCCUCCCCCCCGAGGGCACCUCGCGCCGCGGGCCCGCGCUCAGCCCUGCCAGGCGGUCGCAGGGUCCGGCCCGUCCGUCUUCAGUGCCCCCCCGGGAUGAACGGCCGCACCUCCGGCGGCUGAAUCUGGUCAGGGCUGAGACCGGGGCCGACGCAGCCCCAAGGAGCCGCAGUCCCCAAGAACGCCACCAACACCGCCGCCCGCCCGCCCGUUACCGCGGCGCCGCCGCCCGCCGCCCGUCGCCGCCGCCUCAGCGCAGCCGCCUCAGCGCAGCCCGCCCGCUCCUGCGCGCGCUCCGCGCUCAUUGGCUGCGCCCGGCGUGGGGGUGGGGAGGAGAACAGCGACGGGAGGGAGCGUCGCGGGAAAGUGACGUAGCAGCAUGGCGUCGUCCGAGCCGGAGCGCAAGAGGAGGGCGAGCGGCGCCACGGAGAACGAGGAAGAAGACGAGGAAGAUGGGGAGCGCUGGGUCGGGCCGCUCCCGGGGGAGGCGGCCCAGGCGAAGAAGCGGAGAGUCCUUGAAUUUGAACAUGUCUAUCUUGAAAAUCUACCAUGUGCUUCGAUGUAUGAACGUAGUUACAUGCACAGAGAUGUCAUUACACAUGUGGCAUGUACUAAGACAGAUUUUAUCAUCACAGCAAGUCAUGAUGGGCAUGUAAAAUUCUGGAAAAAAAUAGAAGAAGGGAUUGAGUUUGUUAAACACUUCCGUAGCCACUUAGGUGUUAUUGAGAGUAUUGCUGUUAGUUCAGAAGGGGCAUUAUUCUGUUCAGUUGGAGAUGACAAAGCGAUGAAAGUGUUUGAUGUAGUCAACUUUGAUAUGAUCAACAUGCUGAAACUUGGCUAUUCCCCUGGUCAGUGUGAAUGGGUAUAUUGUCCUGGAGAUGCCAUAUCUUCUGUUGCAACAUCUGAGAAGACCACAGGAAAAAUAUUUAUUUAUGAUGGACGAGGAAAUAAUCAACCACUCCAUGUUUUUGAUAAACUCCAUACAUCUUCUCUUACUCAGAUACGGUUGAAUCCUGUCUACAAAGUAGUUGUGUCCUCUGACAAAUCUGGAAUGAUUGAGUAUUGGACUGGUACUCCUCAUGAAUAUAAAUUUCCCAAGAAUGUGAACUGGGAAUAUAAAACAGAUACUGAUCUGUAUGAAUUUGCUAAAUGCAAGGCUUACCCAUCCAGUAUAAGUUUUUCACCUGAUGGCAAAAAAAUGGCCACUCUUGGGUCCGACAGAAAAGUCAGAAUUUUCCGAUUUUUGACGGGGAAGCUCAUGAGGGUCUUUGAUGAAUCUCUGAGUAUGUUUACUGAGCUUCAGCAGAUGAGACAGCAACUACCAGACAUGGAGUUUGGCCGGCGCAUGGCAGUUGAGCGUGAGUUGGAGAAAGUGGAUGCAGUAAGAUUAAUUAAUAUAAUCUUUGAUGAAACUGGACACUUCGUUCUCUAUGGAACAAUGUUGGGCAUUAAAGUCAUAAAUGUAGAAACUAACAGGUGCAUUCGUAUCUUGGGAAAACAAGAGAACAUUAGGGUGAUGCAGCUAGCUUUAUUCCAAGGAGUUGCAAAGAAGCAUCGUGCUGCAAUAACCAUAGAAAUGAAGGCAUCUGAAAAUCCUGUUCUCCAGAACAUCCAGGCAGAUCCAACAGUAAUCUGCACAGCUUUUAAGAAAAACAGGUUUUACAUGUUUACUAAACGUGAACCAGAAGAUACUAAGAGUGCAGAUUCAGACAGAGAUGUCUUCAAUGAGAAACCUUCUAAAGAAGAGGUCAUGGCAGCCACACAGGCAGAAGGUCCCAAAAGAGUUUCAGACAGUGCCAUUAUCCACACAAGCAUGGGAGAUAUACAUGUUAAGCUUUUUCCUGUUGAGUGUCCCAAAACUGUGGAAAACUUCUGUGUACACAGCAGAAAUGGCUACUACAAUGGACACAUAUUUCACCGUAUUAUCAAGGGUUUCAUGAUUCAGACUGGUGACCCCACAGGUACAGGAAUGGGAGGUGAAAGUAUCUGGGGAGGAGAAUUUGAAGAUGAAUUUCAUUCAACUUUACGACACGACAGACCAUACACACUGAGCAUGGCUAAUGCAGGACCAAAUACUAAUGGAUCCCAGUUUUUUAUAACAGUAGUGCCAACCCCUUGGCUAGACAACAAACACAGCGUGUUUGGACGGGUGACCAAAGGAAUGGAAGUUGUUCAGAGAAUCUCUAAUGUUAAAGUCAAUCCCAAAACUGACAAGCCCUAUGAGGAUAUCAGCAUCAUUAAUAUCACAGUGAAGUAAGUCAGGUGUCGAAGGUUCCAGCUUAAACAGAAGAAAGUCGUCGUCGUGGGACCCGGGAAAGAACCCAGAAGGAAUAAACGCUUUUUUGAUAAUUCUUGGAUGUAGGAAGUGCCAUGACAAAGCAAACAUCAGUUCUGCUGUUUUUCAUGUACCUAAAGUGCCCUAAGCCUGUAUUUCUCAGUAAAUUUGUCUUUUUAAAGUAAAAACAUUGCCAUCUUUCUUACAAA